AAAAAAAACGAAAUUGAGAGACGAUGAUUCGAAGCCUAUCUUAUUGCUUUCUUACCAUCUAUUUCUUCUUGAGCAUUCUUCCAUUACCAAACACCAUUGCUUGUCCCACACGGUUACUGUGCCGCAGCGACCAAAGAGAUGCUCUUUUAGAGGUACAAAAGGAGUUACAUGUACCAACAACUACAUGGAACAAGAACGUUGACUGUUGUUCUUGGGAUGGUGUCACAUGUGAUGCUAUAUUGGGAGAGGUGAUAUCACUACAACUCUAUUAUAGUACUGCUAACAUCUUCGUGAGCUAGUGCUUUCACGUUGCAAACUUCAAGGGGAAAUUCCUUCUUCCAUUGGAAAUCUUUCUCAUCUCACAUAUCUUGAUCUUUCGAAUAAUCAAUUAGUAGGUGAAGUUCCCGCUUCAAUCGGUAACCUAAACCAACUAGAGUCCAUGCGUCUUUGGGAUAAUGAUCUAAAAGGUAAUAUUCCUACUUCAUUUGCCAACUUAACAAAGCUUUCUGAAUUGUACCUCUUUGGAAAUCAGUUCACGGGUGGGGAUACAGUAUUAGCCAAUUUAACCAGCUUGUCCAUUAUAGACCUCUCCUUAAAUUACUUCAAAUCCUCCAUUUCCGCUGACCUUAGUGGACUUCACAACUUAGAGCGAUUUUCGGUGUAUAACAACUCAUUUUCCGGACCUUUUCCUUUAUCAUUGCUCAUGAUUCCUUCUUUAGUCCAUAUUGAUUUAAGCCAAAACCACUUCGAGGGACCUAUUGAUUUUAGGAAUACCUUUUCAUUAUCUAGGCUAAGAGUGUUAUAUGUUGGCUUCAACAAUUUAGAUGGGCUAAUUCCAGAAUCUAUAUCUAAAUUAGUCAAUCUCGAAUAUUUAGAUGUUAGCCACAACAAUUUCGGAGGACAAGUCCCUAGAUCAAUAUCUAAAGUAGUCAACCUCACUAGCGUUGACCUUUCCUAUAAUAAGUUGGAAGGUCAAGUCCCUGAUUUUGUAUGGAGAUCCUCAAAGUUGGAUUAUGUGGAUCUUUCUUAUAAUUCUUUCAACUGCUUCGCCAAAUCAGUGGAAGUUAUCGAUGGAGCAUCAUUAACUAUGUUAAAUCUUGGUUCAAAUUCAGUCGACGGACCAUUCCCCAAAUGGAUAUGCAAGGUUAAAGAUUUAUACGCCUUGGAUUUGUCCAACAACCAUUUUAAUGGUUCCAUUCCUCAAUGUUUGAAGUAUUCCACUUAUUUUCAUACGUUAAAUCUGAGAAACAACAGUCUAAGUGGGGUUCUACCAAAUUUAUUCAUUAAGGACUCUCAGUUGCGAUCACUUGACGUUAGCAGCAAUAAUUUGGUGGGUAAACUUCCAAAAUCGUUGAUCAACUGCGAGAGGAUUGAAUUUUUGAAUGUGAAAGGAAACAAAAUCAUGGACACGUUUCCAUUUUGGUUGGGAUCUCUACCAUAUUUAAAAGUUCUUAUGCUCGGAUCAAAUGCAUUUUAUGGUCCCGUCUAUAACCCCUCCGCAUAUUUGGGGUUUCCAAGUAUAAGGAUCAUUGAUAUAUCCAAUAACAACUUUGUUGGAUCAUUGCCACAAGACUAUUUUGCCAAUUGGCUUGAAAUGUCUUUGGUGUGGAGUGGUUCGGACAUCCCACAGUUUAAAUAUAUGGGAAACGUUAAUUUUAGUACGUAUGAUUCGAUCGAUUUGGUGUACAAAGGAGUAGAGACGGAUUUUGAUCGUAUCUUUGAAGGUUUCAAUGCUAUUGAUUUUUCUGGAAACCGAUUCUCCGGACAUAUCCCUGGGUCUAUUGGUCUACUGAGCGAACUGCGUCUUCUGAACUUGUCAGGCAAUGCAUUCACAGGCAAUAUCCCACCAUCCUUGGCGAAUAUCACAAAUCUCGAGUCAUUAGACCUAUCACGAAAUAACUUGUCUGGUGAGAUUCCUAUAAGUCUUGGAAAACUCUCGUUUUUGUCCAACACCAACUUCUCCUACAAUCAUCUUGAAGGAUUGAUUCCACAAAGUACACAGUUUGCAACUCAAAAUUGUUCUUCGUUCCUGGGUAAUCUUGGACUCUAUGGUUUCAGGGAAAUUUGUGGAGAAAGCCAUCAUGUGCCCGUUCCUACUACAUCUCAGCAACCCGAGGAACCUUUGUCGGAAUCGGAAGACCAAUUGCUGAACUGGAUAGCAGCUGCGAUAGCGUUUGGACCUGGUAUGUUUUGUGGAUUAGUGAUCGGACAUAUCUUCACUUCAUAGUUCAUACAAACAUGAGUGGUUCAUAGCUCGUUAAGCCCAUCUCUCUCCCGGUCAAGUUUGUACUACGGUAACUAAGCUCGCUAGUUGUUUUUUCUGUCCUUGUAAUUUCCCAUUUAGUGGUUGCAUUAUAAUUUAUAAACAGUGUCGACGUUAUAAGCUGUUAUGUUCUCACCAUAGUGUGUAACGUGGUCCAUGUUUGUAUAGUUGCAUAUGUAUCUCUAUUAUAAAUCUUU